AUGAAUUCCAACAGAAAAUCCACCUCAGAGAAACCAAAAGGCGUUGAGACUGACUCCUCUCCCGGACCGAUCAAGCUCAUCGGAACACCCUAUGUCUCUCUCGACCACUCGAUCAGCAAUCCCCACUCGAAGCAAGCCAAAGGCGAAGCGUCGGUCACCUCCGGUUUGACCAAACUCAGCGGCAAGACCUCUGUCUCUUCUGGUAUCUUGAUCGGCGUACCUAAAUCGAGAAACCCCAAUGGUAUGAAGACUGGUGUCUCUUCAGGUGUUAGAGGCAAAGCCGUUGUCUCCUCUGGCGCCAAGGGAAAAGCCAUUGUCUCGACCGAAGUUGUGGCUUUCAAAGGUGUGAAAUACGGAGCUCCUGACGGCGAGCUGAGGUUUCGGUUGAUCCAUUUCUGGGAAGUCCGAAAUGUUGUGACAAAAGUGCUUCUAGGUCUCGAGAUGCUUCUCAUCGACCAAGAGGAGGCUGUCGUUCAGGGUUUCAUCCCAGCUGGGAGGAUAGACACUUAUUUGCCACACAUAAGAGCUGGUGGCAUUUACAGACUCAACAGUUUUUUUGGGUCUAACAACAAGACUUUGUAUCGUGUUACGGAUCCAAGUUUCACCAUCACAUUCUCAUCGACUUAUGUCCUCUCUGAUCUAGAGGACAGUUCGGCAUGUUUCCCUGAGGAUCGUUUCCGGUUCCAUGGAUAUGAGGAGUUCGAUGCUGCCUGCGACUUCAGAGGGGAUCUUUAUGAUUAUGUUGGCCAUAUCAAGCUUGUGAAUAGGCAGGUUCUCAGUGACACUCUCGUACUAGAUGAUGCCGAAAUAGCUUCUUCGCGCCGAGUUCUGCUUCAUGUUCAAACACAUGACGAUCCGGUGAUGAAGUUGUACCUAUGGGACAAGGCUGCCUCCAAUUUCAGUGAGAGAUUCAAAGCAUCUGGAGGAACUGCACGUGUUAUUUUAGUCACUACCUUGAACCCAAAGCGACUUGGAGGUGCUCUAGCUCUCUCCUCCAUGACGCCAUCACGUGUGUUUUUGGACACUGAUGUCCAAGCAACCCGAGAUUAUCUCACUUGGAUGAACACGGAUCUAGAUGUUGCUAACAGAGUUGACGCAGACAUUGUCACAAAGACUGAGACAGUGACCAUAGUUGCUUGGUUUGAAUGCAUAGCAACCAUUGGAGAUGUUGCGCACGGCUCAUCAUGGUAUUACAUAGGCUGUGGUGGGUGCCACACUAAGGCAACCAAAGGGCCUACCAGCCUUAUGUGUAAGAAAUGUGGAAAACCCGAAAUUGCUGGUGUUGCACAGUACUUGGCGAAGAUCUUCGUGUAUGAUAAUGAUGAUCAAGCGUCUUUUCUGCUCCUUGGUGGUGCUGGAUAUGAGUUAUCUGGAAAGAAAGCUUCUGAAUUGGUUGAGGAUUAUUUCGAGGCCAAUGAGGAUGUAGGGGAUGAUCACUUGGUUCCGGUACCUCAAGCUCUUAUCGAUACCAUAGGACAGACCCGCAAAUUCGUUGUGAAGGUGUCAAAUCACAAUUUGACUGGCCAGACCCAAGCUUUGACUGUGACAAAGGUGCUCACUCCAGAAGUUCCAGAAGUUGAAGCCAAUUUGGAAGGAAAUGUGGCUGUACCAGACGCACAGGAAACUUUGGACAAGGAAGUUGCUGGUGAUGGUCCUUCCACAUUCUUUGUGAGUGUGAAGAGGGUUGCUGGUCAGGCUGACGCAGAGGAUCCCAAGCGAGCAGGAAAUGGCUAG